AUGCCAUUUGCUCCGUUUGUUGGUGUUAACCACCAUGGACAGUCAAUACUGCUGGGAGCAGGUUUGAUAUCAAGUGAAAAUACUGAAACAUUUGUUUGGUUAUUUGACACUUGGUUGAAAUGUAUGGAUGAGAGGGCGCCAAAAGCUAUUAUCACUGAUCAAGACAGGGCCAUGAAAAAUGCUAUUGCAAUAGUCUUUCCAAAUACCCGACAUAGAUACUGUUUGUGGCACAUAAUGAGAAAACUACCAGAGAAGUUGGGCUCACAUGCUGAAUUUAAGUGUGGGUUGAAAAGUGCAUUGCAGAGAUGUGUUUAUGAUUCUCAAACUUCUGACGAGUUCGAGAAGUCUUGGGAGGUGUUUAUUGACACUUACAAUUUGAUGAAAAAUGCAUGGCUUCAAAGUCUCUAUAGUGAGCGAAUGUAUUGGGUUCCCGUAUACCUGAAAAAUACAUUUUGGGCUGGGAUGAGCACAACUCAGAGGAGUGAGAGCAUGAAUGCCUUUUGUGAUGGAUAUGUACAUUCAGGGACUACGUUGAAAGAAUUCGUUGAUCAAUUCGACAAUGCACUAAGGAAGAAAGUAGAGAAUGAGAUGGCAGCGGAUUUCCACUCAUUCAAUUGCACAGUCCCUUGUAUAUCUCAUUUACCCGUGGAGAAAAAAUUCCAAGCUGUGUACACGAAUUCUAAAUUUAAAAAAGUGCAGUCAGAAGUAAUGGGGAUUAUCUACUCUCAUUGUGUUGUCAUAAAAACAGAAGGGGCAAUUACCACGUAUCAAGUUAAUGACCAAAGGGUAGUUGAAGACGGCAUCAAGAAGUCAACUUUGCAGGCGUACUUUAAUGAAGAUGAGUGUGAGGUGAAGUGCGUGUGUGGACUAUUUGAGAUGAGAGGGAUUAUAUGUAGGCACAUUCUUUCAAUUUUUGCCGCAAGGGAUGUCCAAGUGUUGCCGGAAAAGUACAUUAUGGAGAGGUGGAGGAAGGACAUUAAACGUAGAUAUGGUCUCAUUUGA